AUGAACUGGUACCAAAGGAUAGGUAGAAAGGGUCGCAACAAGGAUGGGGGGUAUAAUAAAAACGGGGGUGGUUAUUCCGGAGCAGGCAGCACAUUUGUUGGCGCGAGAAAAGUGAAAGUCUACCGUCUCAACCGUAUACAGGCUCAGCGCCGGAUCCACCCGUACGAUUUCGUUGUGGGCUUGAAUGGUGCACGUACCACACUAUCCAAGGUACUUGGUCGUGGAGUCGCCCGAAAGUCACACCUUGGGCUGAGACAGGAUGGCCUCGUAGCUCCCCCAGCAACGGCUUCUCCGAGCCCACAUCGCGAACGGAAGUGGGCGCGCGGCUUGUGCCGCCAACGGCUAGGCAUUUAG